UUCCGGCGUACGAGGCGGUGACAAUGGGAGCGGCGCGGGCGGCGCCGGGAGGCAGCUGACAGGCGUCUGCGGCUUCGCUUCAUGGCCGCUCUCCCGCCCCGCCUGGGCUCUGUGGGAGAGCGGGGCAGCCCGCAGCGGCCGGGAGCCGGAGCUGGCGAGCCGAGCAGGGAGCUGUGCGUGGCGCCGCUGAGGCGCAGCAUGUGAAGACGAGACGGCAUCCAGCGCGAGGCGAGCCUCUCAGCCGGCCGGGAUGGCCACGACGGCCGAGCUCUUCGAGGAGCCUUUUGUGGCAGAUGAGUAUAUUGAACGUCUUGUAUGGAGAACCCCAGGAGGAGGCUCUAGAGGGGGACCUGAAGCUUUUGAUCCUAAAAGAUUAUUAGAAGAAUUUGUAAAUCAUAUUCAGGAACUCCAGAUAAUGGAUGAAAGGAUUCAAAGGAAAGUAGAGAAACUGGAGCAACAGUGUCAGAAAGAAGCUAAGGAAUUUGCCAGGAAGGUACAAGAGCUUCAGAAAAGCAAUCAGGUUGCCUUCCAACAUUUCCAAGAACUGGAUGAGCACAUCAGCUAUGUAGCAACCAAGGUCUGUCACCUUGGAGACCAGUUGGAGGGGGUAAACACACCCAGACAACGGGCAGUAGAGGCUCAGAAACUGAUGAAAUACUUUAAUGAGUUUCUAGAUGGAGAAUUGAAAUCUGAUGUUUUUACAAAUUCUGAAAAGAUAAAGGAGGCAGCAGAUAUCAUUCAGAAGUUGCACCUUAUCGCCCAAGAGUUACCUUUUGAUAGAUUUUCAGAAGUAAAAUCCAAAAUUGCAAGCAAAUACCAUGAUUUAGAAUGCCAACUUAUUCAAGAGUUUACCAGUGCUCAAAGACGAGGUGAAAUCUCCAGAAUGAGAGAAGUAGCAGCAGUUUUACUUCAUUUUAAGGGUUACUCCCAUUGCGUUGAUGUUUAUAUAAAGCAGUGCCAGGAGGGUGCUUACUUAAGAAAUGAUAUAUUUGAAGAUGCAGCAAUACUCUGUCAACGGGUGAACAAACAAGUUGGAGAUAUCUUUAGUAAUCCAGAAACAGUACUGGCUAAACUUAUUCAAAAUAUAUUUGAACUCAAACUACAGAGUUUUGUGAAAGACCAGUUAGAAGAAUGUAGAAAGUCCGAUGCAGAGCAGUAUCUCAAAAAUCUCUAUGAUUUAUAUACAAGAACCACAAAUCUUUCCAGCAAGUUGAUGGAAUUUAACUUAGGUACUGAUAAACAGACUUUCUUGUCUAAGCUUAUCAAGUCCAUUUUCAUUUCCUAUUUGGAGAACUACAUUGAGGUGGAGACUGGAUAUUUGAAAAGCAGAAGUGCUAUGAUCCUACAGCGCUAUUAUGAUUCAAAAAACCAUCAAAAGAGAUCCAUUGGCACAGGAGGUAUUCAAGAUUUAAAAGAGAGAAUUAGACAACGUACCAAUUUACCACUGGGACCAAGUAUCGAUACUCAUGGGGAGACUUUCCUAUCCCAAGAAGUGGUGGUUAAUCUUUUACAAGAAACCAAACAAGCCUUUGAAAGAUGUCAUAGGCUCUCUGAUCCUUCCGAUUUACCAAGGAAUGCCUUUAGAAUUUUUACCAUUCUUGUGGAAUUUUUAUGUAUUGAGCAUAUUGAUUAUGCCUUGGAAACAGGACUUGCUGGAAUUCCUUCUUCGGAUUCUAGGAAUGCAAAUCUCUAUUUUUUGGAUGUUGUGCACCAGGCCAAUACUAUUUUUCAUCUUUUUGACAAGCAGUUUAAUGAUCACCUUAUGCCACUAAUAAGCUCUUCUCCUAAGUUAUCUGAAUGCCUUCAGAAGAAAAAAGAAAUAAUUGAACAAAUGGAGAUGAAAUUGGAUACUGGCAUUGAUAGGACAUUAAAUUGCAUGAUUGGACAGAUGAAGCAUAUCUUGGCUGCAGAACAAAAGAAAACAGAUUUUAAGCCAGAAGAUGAAAACAAUGUUUUGAUUCAGUAUACUAAUGCCUGUGUUAAAGUCUGUGCUUAUGUAAGAAAACAAGUGGAGAAGAUUAAAAAUUCCAUGGAUGGGAAGAAUGUGGAUACAGUUUUGAUGGAACUUGGAGUACGUUUUCAUCGACUUAUUUAUGAGCAUCUUCAACAAUAUUCCUAUAGUUGUAUGGGUGGCAUGUUAGCAAUUUGUGAUGUAGCUGAAUAUAGGAAGUGUGCCAAAGACUUCAAGAUUCCACUGGUAUUACAGCUUUUUGAUACUCUGCAUGCACUUUGCAAUCUUCUGGUAGUUGCCCCAGAUAAUUUAAAGCAAGUCUGCUCAGGAGAACAACUUGCUAAUCUGGACAAGAACAUUCUUCACUCCUUCGUACAACUUCGUGCUGACUAUAGAUCUGCCCGCCUUGCUCGACAUUUCAGCUGAGGUUGAAUUUAAAGGGAAAUGUGUUGUACUUCAGCAGGCCUUUGUUGAUAGAAAGCACAGGAGGUUUCUUAUGACACAACUAACAUUUUAUGGAAAAAUGACUGUUUGGAAAAACAGCAGCCAUACUUGCCCUUGAGAUUUUAUUUGAAAUAUGGACAAUACUAACCAUAUUUUGCUUUUUUCCCUUAAGUUGAAUUUUAAUUCCCUUUUUGAACUUACAAAUUUCAGAUUCUGUUAAACUACAUGUUAUUGUCUUCAUCCUGGAAAAUGUUGGUGUUAGACAGCAAAUGAGAUCCUUACCAGUGUUCCAGUAUAUCUUUAAUAUAUUCCACUGAAAAAUUUCACCAUCCUAUUUUGCACUAAUAUAAAAUACAGCAAAACUGCAUUUAUUAUUUAUCAUUUUUAACGACCUUUUCAGCACUGGUAAUUGUUAACCAAGUUAUUUUAGGUUUUCCUGAAGAACUUUUUACCUCUUUCAGAAGGUUAACAAUUGGGCAUAAUUUCUGUAGUUGAUUGAAUUUUUUCUGAGGUACAACAAUACUACUAUUCCAAGAAAAAUGUUAUAAACAAAACUAAAAUGAUGAAAUGUUUUAUGUAGCUAUUAGUGGUGGAUCAGAGUACAUCUGCUUUCUGGGUAAAGAAAACUUAAGAAAGUUUACAAUUUCUUAUUUGGUAAACAGAUUUUAAGCCAAUGCUAACAAGAAAUUAAUAAAACUACCUUAUUUUAUAUAUCACUUAAGAUAAGGUGAAGGGCCUUUAAAGGACCAUAUUUAUUCGUUAUUUUACUGUUAUAAGGGAAGUAAAAAAGUGAAGUAUAGUCUAAAUGGUGCAUAUGAGAAGUAUUGACAAUGUUUAGCAACAACGCAGUGCUUUAAGAUUUCUACCCUUGUGCUAAACUGAAGUAAGAUGGGAUGGCUAAACAUGCAGGAAAUAUAUUUUCAGAGGAAUUGGAAGUUGAUGACACGAUAUAUUCUAAGUCUUGAGAUGAGUUUUGUAAGUAAUAGUUGUUUUUUAAAUCUAUAGUUUCUGUCAUUGCCUUUUUCAAGGCAUUUCUGAAGCGAUUCCUACUGAAUAUAGUUAAUUGAAUUGGCUUAAUAUGGUGACAUAAUAAAUCACUUAUAAAAUUUUAAACAUCAGUUGGAAAUUUAGAAAGGCCUAUACUCUAAGAACUAUAAACUUGCUCUGUGAGAAUAUGUUCUUAGCUAUAUGUAGUGUUUCAGCUUCUGUUGUGUUCAUAGUCUUCCAGGAACAGAUAAACUUUAAUGUUCAACUCAUUCUUGGCUUUUUUCCCCUUUAUACAUGUAGACUUUUUGGCCUAAUUUUGGAAAACUACUUUUAAGAAUAUGUUCAUCAACUUUACCAAAACUUCCAGGUCCAGAACUAGCUACUAUUUAAGUUACUAUUGACUGGAUUUUCUUCAUUUUCUGUUUAGCCCAGUGUUAUCAAGGUAAGCAAGAGAAAUGAAGUAUGCCAACUUUUAUCAAAGCAUUUUAGGAAAUUGUGGCAGCUUUAGAAGGCUGUCUAGUUUUCUAUUCCUUAGCCAAAGGAGAGCCAGAACAGGUUUUGGAUACUAGAGAAAGUCAUACGCUUGUACUAUUGCCAUUUUAGAAAGCUCUGAUGUGAAUUCAAAUUAUACCUCUGUUACUUAAAGCCAACAAUUUUAAAGCAGUAGUUUUAUUGGCCACUUGAACUCUUUGUACACAGUGUCAAUUUGUAAAAAAAAAAAAAAAAAGGGAAAAAAAUCAAAUAAAACGUGAGAGAACAUUUUAAGACUUCCAAAUCAGAGAAUAGCUUCAAUUAUUUUGUUUGGAUUAAUUUUUAAAAUGUAAAGCAUAUACUUGUUGCUUAGAUAUUUUGUUAAUUAUUAUUUCCAUGUUUGAAUUCUGUGCAGUAUUUUCCAUUAUGUCCAUUGACAGGACAAUAACAAAGAAAACUCAUAAGUGAAUACUUAAUUUAGAAGUGUUAACAUUAAUGCUCAAUAAACAAUUCCCUGCAAUUGUUUUUUUUAUUUCACUCCAUUUUUACAUUUUUAAGGACAUCCAUACUGAAUUUUAUAAAUUAUUUAUAUUUAUAUUUUUAAGAUGAUUUUUAUUUGUCAUAGCAUAGGUCUUCUCACUUACCUUUUUAACAGAAAAAUACUGACUAUAUAACCAAAAUUAGGAACAGAUUGUCUUUCUCUAAGGACAAAAAAAUUGUUGUAUAAAGCAAAUAUGCAUUCUUUGUAUUUGAUUUUUUUAAAGUAUUUUUCAUAUUAAUGGACCCUACACAAUUUUGCCCAAAAUAUAUGGUUCAAAAGAGAUGAUCAGUAAGUAAAAUGUUUUUCAUAUGCACAUGGUAAAAUUUUAGGUAGUGAUAUUGGAACUUUGUAUAUUAAUAACUUUAGUCAACAUUUGAAUAAAGAGAAUCUUUACAGUUUCCCAUAGUUCCCACAUGAGCUCACAUGCAAUGUUUAGAUAAUGUUUUGUAGUUGAAAAUGUGCUCUGAAAAAAUGCAGAAACACUUAAAAAACUUGAGUGUAUUGUGUUUUCACAAAAUGGUACAGAAAGUGAAAUACAGAACACAAGUUUAAGAAGGAAGUCUAACUUUUGUAAGUAAUGAUAUUGAAAACGACAGUUAACCAAAAUAAAUGAAUCGUUCUUAUGAAGAAUUAUUAAAUAAUGGCUGGGAUGCAUCUUUAGACAGUUGACUGACUGACUAUUCCAGGACAGUUAUUAGCCUCACUUUGAGUAUCACCAUGGUUGGAAUCCCUAGCAGCUACUUUCUUGUUUUAAAAAGAGCUUCUAAGUAGGUUGAUUUAUUAUAUAUUUUAGACAUCCACUUUCCCCUUUGACUUUAAAUAUUUCACUCUCUGAAUAUCUGGCUUACAGUAAAAUAAUUUAAUUAUCAUCCAGUAGAUGGAUUCGAAGUGGAGAACUUACUGCUUUCUUAAAAUGCCUUUUCCUCAUCAGUGAUGGUGAAUGUUUACAUGUAUCUAGAUAAAGAGAUUUUUGUUCCUGAAAUGCCACAAAACCCCUUAAGGCAUGUUUGAACCACAUGUGAAAGUAAGCAAGGUUCAUCUGGUACAUAAUUUGUUAGUGACUUUAAAAACUCACUUAUGGGAGUUCAACUUUUUUUUUUAAUGCAAAAAUGUUUUAUGUAUUACCCAUAUAUUGCCCCUUGACUCAGAAAUGUGAAAUGUUUUCUAGAAGCAUAGUGAUUUCUCCUGAUUUGUUAUGGAGAAUUUGACAUACGACGCAUUCUGUGCUUUCAUCCAAUUAGUUUAACUAUAUUCAGUUCCUGUAGUAUUUCUUUCUGCUUGAGAAAGUCUGUCCUGAAAUACAUUGUGUACUUUGGAGGAAAAGAACAGUCCAUAUUGUUACUAUAAAUAAUUCUACAUAAAGUGAAAAAGGCAUUUAAAAAUUUUUGAUGCAUAAUAAAGAUAAUUACAGCUACAUUUAUUGGCUUAAGUCCCAUGCACUGUGCUAAGUCCUUUGCAUACUUUAUCUCACUUGAUUUCAAAGCAGCCAGGAGUAGAGUACUGUUAUCUACAUUUGACAGAUGGAGAUACCCAGCGCACAAAAAGUUUAAGUAGAUCUGCUCAAGGUCUACAGCUAAGUAAAAGGCUCAGAUUGAAACCUAAAUCUUUCUCACUCAUCAUGUUCUGUAUGCUGUUCUCCUUAUGUAACAUUAAACAGGUCCUUGAGUUUGAUAGGCUCAUUAGUUUUGUUUAAUCUAAUUUCUUCUCUUUGGUUCUCUUUGUAGUGUUUAGAUUAUGAAGUUGAUAGCCAAGGCUAAUAUCUAAUUUACUAUUGGACUUUUAAAAAAUGUGUCCAGUAUGAUCUUACUUUUAAAAUUUGGUUUUUAAACUUUUAUAAGUGGUCAUGAAAUUUUAAUUGUUAAGUUUGUACUUAAUAGAAAUCUUUCCAUCAAAAAGUUCUUUAGUGAGUGUUAUUUUGCAUAAUCGUAAUACUGUUUCUUAGUAAUAAUUUUUGCAACGAAAGAAUACAGGUAUUUUGUACUGUAUUUUGUAACAUGGGAGAGAAUGAAAACUCUACCUUGAAAGAUAUGAGGAAAUCAGUAUUUCUACCUUUAAAAACAGUCUAUUUUAAUGUCGUAAGUUUGCCAAUUCUGUUGAUUAUUUAGUGCAUUGGUAGUUUUUAAAUGGCUAAUGCUGGAAUGAAAAACAGAAAAAAUGUACUCAGUGUUUAGCAAUAGGUAUCAUUUUCAUUUAAUUAAAAAUUGCAUAUUUAAUCUUCUAAAAAUUGCCUUAGCUCUUAACUUUUAUUCCAACCACUGAUCAGUCUUUCUCUUUCCAAAUUUAGGAGAGAAACAACCCUCAAAUGUAUGUAGGAGAGAAACGUGACACAUUAGAGAACAAGAAUUUUAAUUGGUGAUUUGGAGCAGCUAGAUUGAUAACCCUGGGCUUAACAAGACUGAUAUUUUAAAACUAGGCCCUGUAUACUUUAACAUCGUUACUUGGGAGGUAACACUAAACUUCAGUUCUUGUGACUAAUAAUACUUUUGAAGGAAGGGACAAGUAAUUAACUAUACUAGCUCAUUUUCUAAGUGGUUUAGAAGUUUGCAGUCUGCCUCACCAUACAAAGCCAAUUUAAAUAUGAGUAUAUCAUGAUCAUACUCCAUACAGCAAACAACCUCAGAGAAAAGUCAUUUAUUCAGAAGACAUAAAUUUGCUCUAGACAGCAGUGAUGCAUUACAAAUAUAUAAUUAUUUGCACUAAUAUUUGAGCAGGUGGAAUGGAUUAGAACAUGGUCAACAUUAUGCUGCUGAUAACAUGUAUUUUUCUGUAUUAAUAUGUACUGUGCAACAUGUAUUAAAAUUGUCAAUAAUUCAUUUUAGCCAAGAUUACUAAUAUUUAUAUUACUGUGUUGAAGAGACAGUAUCUAGCUGAGCCACUUUUAAAGUCUGAAACUGGAACUAAGUUUACUUUCAAAAACCACUUAAAUUACUUUAUAAUCUCUGGAAGGUCAAUAAAAUAUAGAAUUAUCAGUGACUGGUGAUUUAAUAGGAAGAAGUAUGGAGGGUUAAGAAUAGGGGUACCUCUAAGAAUAGGAGUAAGAAUCUGGAAUGAGUAAAUUAAGUUUAAUUUAUGGCUCAGAUGAGUGACUUCCUUUUGUUUUCAACAUUGGCAGUCUUAAAUGAAGGAAAAUGUCUUUCUUCCAGAGUAUCUUCAUAUUAAUAAACUAAGUCUGAAGAUUGGAUGGAACCAGCUCCAAGGAAUUAAUCUCCAAUGGUGGACUUUCAGAUUUUUUAGAUUAAACUUUGAGAGGUAGGAAGCCUUCUUGAUGCCCCUGUAAUCAUUAAUAGACAGUGCCUUUGAAUGGGGUCAUCCCUUUUUACCUGUCUAUCAUUUUAAUCUUUAUACUGUGAGUAAAUUUGGUUUCUUUGAA